AUGGCGUCUGUGGGGUCUUUGAAUCCCUUGGCCAAUAACGGUUUCAAGAAGAAGGCACUCAAGGGUCAGAACAAGGGUAUCAAGCACAAGCCUCAAAAAGUCAAAGUGCAUGACAAAGAGCGGGCGGAGGUGCAGAGCUGGACAGGAUAUCCUCAGCGGGACGACCGGCAGCAUAGAAAGAUGGGAUCUGCGAGGCUGUCGGGUGCGCAGGACGACGCAGUAGGCGCGGUUGCAGAACGAUUCUCACCGGAGACCAUGGGGUUCCAGCGGUUUGCGCACAAAAAGCGCGAGACGCCGCGCUACAUGCUGCAGCAGACGCCGCUGUUGUGGCCACAGCAGUUUGCGCAGGACCCCUGGGACGCUUCCAAUCAGAAGAAGAUGCUCAGCCUUGAGGGCUCGAUCGCGGACGUGACAGAGCUAUGGGAGACGUUGAAGAAGAUACGCGACGUGGAGCGUAAAAUCAUGGAGCAGAAGGGGCUUGUGGACCGGGCUGAUUUUGCAAAGGAUUUGAACGAUGCCAUUGUGUUCCAGGGGACAUGCCAGGACAUGUGCCCGAUCUUUGAGCGCGCGCGACGCAGCGUGGAAAACAAUGUUGUGAGGUACGAAAAGGAGAACCCGACUGAUAAACGCAUAUCGCGCUUCCGUGCCCUCAAAGUGUUCGCGCGUCCGGCGGCGGCAGCGGCGCCUCCACUACCGUCUGAUGUGCGUCCGCCGCAUGUGUUGGUCAAGACGCUUGAUUACAUUGUCGCUCAUAUCCUACAGCUGUUGCCCGACUGCGAAAGCUUUCUCUGGGACCGAAUGCGGUCGAUCCGUCAGGACUUCACAUACCAGAACUACUGUGGUCCAGAAGCGAUAGACUGCAAUGAGCGAAUUGUCCGCAUUCACUUGCUCAUCCUCCACGUGAUGGCGCGCUCCGAGGCGGACUACAGCAGGCAGCAGGAAUUGGAGCAGUUACACAAAGCACUGAUUACUCUCACGGAAAUAUAUGAUGAAGUGCGAGCGCAUGGCGGGAGCUGUCCUAAUGAGGCAGAGUUCCGAGCAUAUGCAUUGUUGAGUAGGAUAAGAGAUCCAGAGUACGACAAAAUGAUCCAGGAACUCCCUGGCCACAUAUUUAAUGACGAUCUUGUGCAACUUGCGAUAUGUUUCAGGCGGGUGAUUUCGAAUAGCUCAUUUAUCGAACGGGGCCAUAUCAGGACCGAGAACUGUCUCAAUUUGUACCAAAGGUUCUUCCAGUUGCUCAGCUCAGACAGAGUUCCAUUCUUAAUGAGUUCGUUUCUCGAGGUUUAUGUCAAUGAGGUCAGAUUCUUUGCUAUGAAAGCGCUCUCUUUGACUCUCUCAAAAAAGCAUAAGAGUAUCCCCUUUCAAUACUUUUUGGACAACUUGCUAUUUAACAGUGUUGAUGAGCUCCUUAAUUUUUGCAAGUAUUAUUCUAUCGAUACUGACGAACAGGGCGUGUCCUUGAAGACUUUAACUCACCAUUCUCAUCAAAUUCCUGAGACAAAACCUUUGCGUCAAUGUUACUUGCAAUGCAUUGAGGAGAAAUUACAGCGAACUACUUACGAAGCACUAAUCAACUGCGGGAAACCGAACAAAGGAUAUUUGCCGGAGGACCCCGGGGAGUCUUUGAAUUCAAAUUUUACAUCUGAUAUGGCACAAGAAUCGACCUCUCUUUCGGAGGAUGAUGCUGCUCUAGGGAGCAAUGAUUCAAAUCUACCCACAUAUUCGGAAAGCAUCAUUGAGCAGGGGUCCUCCUUGCACGGAGAACACCAGGAUAUAUCUAAAACUUUCAACUUCGAUAGUGGAGAUUAUAAGACUACCGAACCCACUACCCAAUCCCGCGCUGGAAGUGAAGUGAAAUCUAGCAUGCAGUUCAAGCCACAGCAACAGUCUGAUCUGCAGUCCACGAAACAGUUUACGGCACCAUUUAUGUCUAGUGUCGGCUCUACAACCUCACCGCAUAUUUUAGAGGAAACAAAAACUAAAAAAGAUGUACCGUUUGAGUCAUCGCACAGAAAACCAUUUGCUGGCAAUUCCCAGCUAAAAGAGGAAAAUACUUUUCAUUUUAACCAAACAGCUUUAAAACUGGGAGCCCAAACUGAAGCUAGCGCUCAAGAUGAAGCUAGAGAUUCUGGCUCCAAAGCAAUAGAAGGGAAUGAACUGCGUAACGCGGUUGCAACCGAACUAACAGAUGAGCUCAUUAGGACUGCUGUGGCGUCGCAUGUUCGCUCAGAAAUAGAGGCUGUAAAUAAGAAAACAGCCAAAAAGAAAUUGAUGAUCUCAAUACUUUCCGAUGAAUUAUUCAAUGCAUUCAUACAUGAAACGUUAUAUUUUGUCUUUUUGGAGACCAGAGCAGAAUCAUUUUAUACUAAAAGAAGACUAAAGUAUCACCUCACCAAGUGGUUUCAAAAGUAUAAUUCACGGAAGUCUGAUAGAGUUCUACGUCAGAAGCGUAAGGAAGAGUUACAAGAAGUUAGCAGACAAUUGGGCAUUCCUUUCCUCAAAAGACCUCGCACGUCCGAAUCAGUGAAUUCUUCUGGCUCCAAUAUUUUAGGAAACUCCUCCUUCAUGAAAACGCCAAGAAUAUGGGUCGAUACCCCUGUAGCCACCGAGACCAAUCACUUUAAUACUCCAGUUCGGAAGAAUGCUGCUCUUUGGCAGUCGAUAGAUCUUAGGAAAGAUUAUUGCGAUCGUAUCCAGAUCAAUAAGGAUUUGGCUGAAUAUUCAGAUCUGCUGCGCAAGUGUGACGUAAAAAAAGAUCCCAUCGGAUUAUUUGUUUAUUCCAAAAACUGGAACUGCAUCUCUGGAUCAUGGCUACUGGGUAAAUUCUCCCUUAAUGAGAAUCCGUCGAUCAGCGUAUCAGGCUCGAAAAUAAAUAUGUCAGUUACAAAGUUGUGCAAUGAUUACGCUCCUAGUGACUUUGGAAACCUGCAUCUAUUAAUUUUCAAUACUGGUGUGACGGACUCAAAUAUUUUUGACUUGGAAAUGAAAAUGAAACAGGAUGGCGGGAAGCUUAUCGAAUUAGUUCACGGCAUCGCUCUGAACACGAACUAUAAGUUCAAUAUUUUGCUAAUAUUUUGGGCAUCCGCUGACAAUCCAUGGAGUAAUCAUAAUAUAUCAAAAUACCUUAAGUUACGAACUAUUUCCCGACUUUUCGGAUCCGUUAUCCAGAAUAUUGAUAUUGCCCACAUGAACGAUGGCAGACCAGAUGAGACUUUAUUCAGAUCGCUUACGAAUGUUGCAUCCAAUUUUAAGCUUGAACUAACCGAGCGGGGCGAAUACAACAUGUCCAUUAUGCGGCGCAAUUUGGCAGGAGAAGGCGGUGCUGCACUGAUGCCUUUCCCAGGCGGCCACAAUGACAUCGACGCGAAGUUGCAUCACAUGCUGCAGCUAGAGAGCCAAAAACAUGAAUUGUACCGGAACAAGAAAAGUCUCUACGCACACCUGCAGAACCACGUUCGGGCAUCUCCCAAGGCUAAAACCACAAAACUGCCGGUUCUGCUCUCCGAGAGUAACAAGAACAAGUUCAAGACACCCUUGGCGUUUCUGCCCCACCGUCGCUCGUUCUCGGAGUCUCCCGGAUCUUCACUGCCUUCCGCUUCCUCCCAUCUAGUUGCUAAGGUGAGACAUGCCCCCCCACCUAUCUCAACGUACGGCACACCUAGCCAUGUGCGGCGGCCGCCACAGGCCACCAACAAGCUAGUCUUUCAAACACCUUCCGCAGCGAUCCUCGGCGGAAGCGCUGGGGCUCCUGUAACCGGUACCGCCAACACUAGUGGCCUGUCCAAUAUUACAUUUGCCCCGCCGUUGCUCACUCCUGUCACACAGAUGGUGCUACAGUCUCCUCCUCUGCAAGAGCAGCGCAAUCAUCCUAGGCCUCGUACCUAUGCCCUGCAAGCCCGCGCAGAGAGCUCCUUCUGCCGUAGCGACGAAGUCUCUGCUCCUCCGUCUUCCGCCGCCUUACGCGAGGCUCCGACCAUCACCCGUCGCGACAGCCGCCCAGGUGUAGCCCCUCCAUCGUAUAAUGACCAGCCCUCAUCUCCGAUUGAGAGAAAUGAUUUACUCUCUGACAAUAUCCUAGAGUUGAAGGGCCUGAUUGCCAGUGUAAAGAGCAAACUAAAACACUGA